AUGGCGUCCCGACACCAUCAUCGCGAUCAGUAUUCAUACAAUGGAGAGUCAUCCUCCAGCGGUGCUAGUCGCGACACCGCAGCAAACCACCUCGCAUUUGUAGAGGAUACCUCGGAAGAUUCUGGACACAACCGAAAUGAAGCAUCCAAUUUUACAGCCUUUGAUCACAACGGGAGUAUCGAAAAUUUCGACCAUCGACAGCACACCUCGCAAAAUGGCCCUGCGCCCAAUCAACGUCUCAUAUUCUCGAAUUUCUCUAACAGAUCGGUUUCGGGAGCUUCAAGAACAUCAUUUCGUUCAACGGACCUCGGAGAUGCUAUGGAAGGACUCGAACUCCCAUCUUCGGAACAUCAUGGGGAUGAGGAGAAGACUGAGGAGGAAAUGAGAAUUGAGUAUGAGGCAGAGCUCGUUGCGCGAGAACAAGCACGGGAAAACAUCACCGAGGACACUCUCGAGAGCUUUGGAAUUGGCACAAGUAAUACUUUCAACGGCUACGGAAUUGACUUUGACGCGUGCGAUCCUCUCUCAAGUGGUUCAGAGGAUGAAUACUCUGACAGCGGCAUGUCAGACCGAAGUGACUUCUGGACUUGCCGACCGCUAGCACCACAGCUUGUCAAUCCGCGAACUCGAUCACGGAAAUUCGAUCUCUUCGACUCACUUGGGAAUUAUGCCGAAAUAUCCCUAGCAAUCGCGAAACACCUAUCCAUCCAAGGCUUCCUACAUCUUUACGCCAUGUCAAGGGACUUCCAUGAUGCGGUGGAUCAACAUCUCACGUCUUGUGUACUCGACAAUGCGAAUAAUAUGGCGCCUGAAUCUGCGAGAAUAUUUAGAUUUACAAUGUACGACAAACUCCUGCUUCCUGAUCCCGCCGGGCGACGACAUCCAACGAGACCAAAAGAGAUCCGGCGGGUCCCGGGGUUCAAGUACCUCCAAAUGAUACACCAUCGAGAGAAGACUGUUCGAGAUAUCUUAGCUUGUUUAGCGAGAGAGGGACAUCGAACACCGCAGGGCAUGUCUUUAUCUUUGAAGAAAAUGUGGCUGCUGAUGGAUCUUUCUACUACUCGACAGCGAGUUAUGUUUAUGCAUUCGCGGAAGUUCUUUACGGACAGGGAUUUAUAUAAUAUACAGCUUUUUAUCGUGAAGCUUGAUAUGCGGUUCAACGAUCCGAUUGAGGGACCGGCUGAGGAUGAUAUACGCAAGCUUAUGCUAGGUCAACGAGGCUUGACACCGCUUCGCAAUCUUCUGAGACGCAAGGACUUCAAAACGUACGAGGAAAUCAUCAGAUGUCAAGUCCGCUACCAAUGGAAUCUUCGGCCUCAGGACCGCGGAUGGCCGAUUUUUGGCAUCAAGCCUUCAGAGGUUGGGAUUGGACAUCUGGAGGGUUGGGGCCAAGGAAUAAUACAUUUGUUGAGACCAGAUGAGUUGGUAGUAAGAGAAGCUGUUAAAAGAGGGUUGGAUUUGAAGAAUCAUAUCAUGCUCAUGAUGCUGUGGGGGCAUGUUGAUUUGAAGACUGGAGAGAAUAUAUCUGCUAGUGAGGAGGAGAAAUAUAUGUCUGAUGAGGAGCCGAUUAGUAUGAAAUAUAGAUGGAAAGACGAUGAGGAUUAUGACUCAGCAUGGGAGGAGGAUCAAUUUGAUAUAAAUACGACACCUACGAAGACGAAAGAGAAGACGAUCCAGGAGUUGAUUGCUGAGAGCUCUCCGCGAAAUAUAGAGGAGGAGGUUGAAAGAAUCUUAAGGAACAGAAAAAUGCAAAAUAUGGGGAUGAACGCUGUUACAAACAACAAAAACACACCACCAAUCGAGAAUACUCGCUUCAAAGAGCCAGCAAUAAGCACGAAACGAUCUUUCAUGGAAGCCAACGACGAAGGUGCAAACGAGGUGGAUUCAGAUGCCGACUACGCGGAUCCUGAUAAUGCUAUACAUAACAUGGCUGACGAUGAAUUCGAUAUCCCAGAUAGCCCCAUCAAGAAGAACAACAAAGGGAAAGGGCCAGCUUCAGAUGACGAUUAUGCGGAUCCGGACAAUGAUAUACAUGAUAUGACUGAUGGCGAGUUUGAUAUUCCUGAUAGUCCUGUUAAAAAGAAGAUUAAAGGAAAAGAGCGGGAUAUGAGUAGUGCUCCUUUUCAAGGCUUUGGUGGGAGUAUUAAUCAGACCUUUUCGAGUUCAAAUACUGCGAGUAUUCCCGCGCCGAAUUUUGGUAUGAUGAGUGAUGCUGCGCGACGAGGCCCAAACCUGGAAUUUAGAACUCUACAACCAGCGCCCCAGCCAACACCAGAUAUGUUCAGUGGUCUAGGUCGGAUGGCGGAAGCUUUAACGAAUACAAUCUACACUGAGACUCCUCCAAGUAUCACAACAUCCAGUGAUUCAUCAGCGUUUACUGCAGGGCCCUCGAAUCCACCUCCAACUCCUAGACCACCACAGUCAUCAUUUGGAGGAUUUGGAGCACAGCGACGAAAUAUUGCAACAUCUAGUAAUCCAUCAAGAUCCAUCGCAGGACCAUCGAAUCAUCCUCUAGCACCACGAAUACCUCAAUCAUUGUUUGAAGGGUUGGGUUCUGGGCCACAGAGACAGCGUGAAAUGGUGAAUUCAUCAAAUGCGGAGGAGGAUGAGGAUAUGGAGGAUGGUAUAGAGGAUGAAGAUAUGAGAGAUGGGGAGGAUGGUAUGGAGGACUAG